AAAAUAAAAUAGAGAGAAGGGAGGCGGAUCCACGUGGUGCAGUGAGAGACAGACAGAGAUCCCAUUGUUCAAAAUCAAUUAAAGAGGAAAAAAAAGCGGGGGCAGACGGAGGGGAAGGACGAGGAGGAGGGGGGGGGGUCGGGACGGACACCCCGGGCUGCUCUUCCUGCAGCCCCCAUUCGGACUAUUUUUUGGCGUUUCCCCCCCCCAAAAAAAAAAUCUCCCCCUUAUCCCCCGACUCGGCCAUAUCAAAAAAUCGCCCCCGGAACCCCCCCCAGCAAACAGCCACAGAGGGCUCGAAGGCGGCGGCGGCACAAUCGGGGCCCCCCCGAGCAGGCGCCAUGCCCCGGAGGAAGGCGGCGGGGCCGCCGUGGGAGCCCGGCCCGGGCAGGAGGAGACCCGGGGCGGCGGGAGGGAGGCGGAGGCCUCGUAACGGCGGAGGAGGCGGCGGCAGCAGCGGCGGUAGCAGCGACGAGGAGGCGCCCCGAGAGCGGAGGCCGCGGGACGGCAGCCCAGGAGGAGGAGGGAGGAGGCCCGGCCGGCCCGCAGCGCCCGGCUCGGGUUCGGCUCUCGGCCCGGGGCCCGGCGGCGCGGCGCGGGGACAGGCGGUGGUCAUCUGCGAGCCCGAGCACAGCAAGGAGCGCAUCAAACUCGAGGGCUCCAAGUGCAGAGGACAGCUCCUGAUCUUUGGGGCCACCAACUGGGACCUGAUUGGCCGCAAAGAAGUGCCUAAGCAGCAAGCUGCAUAUCGAAACCUGGGCCAGAAUUUAUGGGGGCCACACAGGUAUGGGUGUCUCUCAGGUAUUCAGGUGCGGAGUGUGGUUUCGGGACCGUGCGCGGCUCACAGCCUCCUCAUCACUGCCGAGGGCAAGCUGUGGAGCUGGGGUCGUAAUGAGAAGGGGCAGCUGGGCCACGGGGACACGAAGCGUGUGGAAGCCCCCAAGCUCAUCGAGGUGCUGGGCAGCGAGGCCAUCGUGCUGGCAGCAUGCGGCCGGAACCACACGCUGGCUCUCACAGAGAGUGGCUCCGUGUAUGCUUUUGGGGAGAACAAAAUGGGGCAGCUUGGUCUUGGGAACCAAACAGAUGCUGUUCCAAGCCCCACACAGAUCAUGUACAAUGGGCAGCCCAUCACCAAAAUGGCCUGCGGGGCUGAGUUCAGCAUGAUCAUGGACUGCAAAGGAAACCUCUACUCCUUUGGGUGCCCGGAGUACGGGCAGCUGGGGCACAACUCCGAUGGGAAGUUCAUCGCCCGAGCACAGCGCAUAGAGUACGACUGCGAGCUGGUGCCGCGCCGCGUGGCCAUCUUCAUUGAGAAGACCAAAGAUGGGCAGAUCCUGCCCGUCCCCAACGUGGUGGUGCGGGAUGUGGCAUGCGGGGCCAACCACACGCUUGUCCUGGACUCCCAGAAGCGUGUUUUCUCCUGGGGCUUUGGUGGCUACGGGCGACUGGGCCAUGCAGAGCAGAAGGAUGAGAUGGUGCCGCGCUUGGUCAAGCUCUUUGACUUCCCAGGCCGAGGAGCUGCACAGAUCUACGCUGGCUACACGUGUUCCUUUGCUGUCAGUGAGACAGGUGGCUUGUUUUUCUGGGGUGCCACCAACACCUCCCGUGAGUCCACCAUGUACCCAAAAGCAGUGCAGGACCUGUGUGGCUGGAAGAUCCGCAGCCUGGCCUGUGGAAAGAGCAGCAUCAUUGUGGCAGCGGACGAGAGCACCAUCAGCUGGGGCCCAUCUCCCACCUUUGGAGAGCUGGGCUAUGGGGACCACAAGCCCAAGUCAUCAACGGCUGCCCAAGAGGUGAAGACCUUGGAUGGGAUCUACACGGAGCAGGUGGCCAUGGGCUAUGCCCACUCCCUGGUGAUUGCCCGCGAUGAGAGCGAUGCCGAGAAGGAGAAGCUGCGCAAGCUGCCGGAGUACAACCCCCGCACCAUCUGAGCGCAGCCACGGCUCUGCUGCCUGUUCUCCUACAAUUUCCAAAGCGUUGGAUUCCCCCCUUCCACGGCCAAGACCUUUCCCCGUGGCUUUUCCAUUUCCCAUCCCCACCCUCGCAGGACCUUUUGGCACAUCCAGGCUUUUUUAGUUGUUGGGUUUUGGGGUUUUUUUAUCUGUUCAUUUUAUUGCUGUUCCGCACAGAAAGGGGGGUGCUGGGUUCACCUGGGUAGGCAUAGACUUUUAACUUUUUUUUAUUAUUAUUAUCUUUGUUACCAGAUUUCUCUGGUUGUAGGCUUGGAACAAAACUCAACCAGUAAACCCCUCCUUUUCCACAACAUGGCAAUUUGGGGGGGCAUUUUUCACAAAUAACCUCUAUUUUGGGUGCUAUUAUUUUAGGGUUGUGCGUGUUUCCCGCCCUCCUUCCUCAGCAUCCCUUUUCCUCUGGGGAUUUGGGACCAGAUGUGCUAUCUCAUACCCAUAGGGACAAACCCCGUGCUCCCUUCUCCAUCCCAGCGUCAUUUUUUUGAGCUGGAUGCCUCCAAACCUGCGGAUUCCCCAAACCCCCCACUGCCCAUCCCAGGGCGAUCUCAGGUAUGAAGAGCGGGCCCUGAAGCAUCGUGUAAGCUUUUUCUCUUUUUUUUUUUUCUUUUUUCCCAUUAAUUAUUAUUAUUUUUAUUAUUAUUAUUAUUUCAGCCUGGUAUCUGCCAAAAGCCCUUCCUGGGGCGACGCUGUGCACUGUGCUGGAGAAAUGAGGUGCCUUUACAUGCAGAGCCCAGCUCUGCCUCCACACAACCCAAGGGUGAUAUUUUAUUACCUUAUUUUCUAGUUUUUAGGGUUUAUUUUGAUUUUUUUUUUUAUCCCUUUCUGCUCCCCACAUGCAGCUGUGGGGGCAGGUCUGCAGUAUUUUAUGGAGAGAAAAAAAAAAAAAAAAGAUUUUACAAAAAAAAGGGGGGGAGGGUUCUUUAUGUUUGCUUUGGGGUUAGGAUUUAUUUUGGGGUUUAUCUUGGUGUGUUAGAGUCAAAACUUCCAGGAUGGGAAGAGCAACAGGGCAGAGACGUCAGAUACUCUGUUUUUUUGAGCAAUAUUCACAUUUGCUGCAGGAGGAGGUCAGGGUGUGCAGCACCCCAAUGGGGCUUUUAGAACCUUAUCCCCACUUUUUUCUACCUGCAAUAUUUCAGGAUCAUCCCCAUCAGCUGCCAGCCCCAAAUGGGCACAACGAUAUGCUGCAGCCUAAGAACAGGGGUGAAAAAACAGCAAGAAGCCAUUUUCACCCCUAAAAAAGCAAUUUGGGCCCCAGGCCCGUUGUGCCCCAUUGCAUCCCAGCAAAAGGAGAGGGCUGGAAGCAUGGAAAAAUAAUAAACCACGAUGCUCUCAGAGCAGUGUUCCCUUUAGAUGAGGCGACAGGUUCCCGGUUAGUGCUGUCGUUGUCUUCAUCAUGUUUUUUUAUAUUUCUUGGAGUAAACGUUUAAAUAAACGCCGUUGUGUACGCCUCUCA